CACAGAAUUGGGUUCGCUGCUGGUGAAACACCUGAGUUACUGGCUAGUUCAUUACAUUGUAUUGAACAUGCCAAAACCUUUGUUAGCCAGUGCAGGAUGAUCAUCUUUUACAAAGCAGAACAUGCUGAUGGAGUGGAGUGACUGGUUAGCAAUGCCUCAUAGGAGUGUUUUCAGAGUGUGGGAUGUUUGUUCUAUUUGGUUUGUAAGGGAGCAGGAACUUUAAAAAGGUGUGAGGGAUAUCUGUACUGCAAGCAAAAAUGUAUGAAAUCUCUGUACAGUUACGCUUCUUUUUUUCUGAGCUGUUUUGGAGUCUUCUUUGAGGAAGAGACAUCUAAAAUACCUGGAGAAUGCACCUUUGAAAAGACAUAAAGACAUCUCUGUCUUUAAUUUAUGCCCUGAGAGUGGGCUCUAUCUGCUAAAUAAGAUUCCAACAGUCUGCAACUGUGAGGUCUUCUGCUGCUGAAGUUUUGUGCUCGUGCACUUUAGUAUAGUUGAAAGAUGGUUGUAGCAAUAAAUAACCCAGCACUGCUAUAUCCGUCGUGAUUCUGGGGGAAAACAAAUACACUUUUUUUAGGAUUUCAGGACGUGUUCAGCAAAAUUACUCUUUUAAGGGAAAAUGGGUAGCUGAAAUCAACCUUUACCUAUUGAAAUUCAAUUUAAUGUUUUAACAAAGAAUUCAGUUUCACCCAACUUCCCUUGUCGUGACAGAAAAACACAUUGGCACAUUCAGGUUGAUGUAUCUUGGCUGUAUGAGGUAAACAGUAUUAUCUGCAGCAUUGUCAAGAAUAAAGCGAUGCUCAGAUGUUUUGAAAUUAUUUUUAGGAUUUGGGUCAGUGUUUGUACUUCUCUGGUGUUUACGCAUUUGCCUUACUAUCCCAUCAGUUUUCAAACCUGCUGAUAAGCCCUUACAAUUUGCAAGGUUGCAUGUUAAUAAAGUAAUGUUCUCAGGUCCUUGUAGUAGAACUUAAAUUCCCUUUUGAUGUACACUUUCAGAAAUGAAGUGCACUAGUUGUGGGUGCUGGGGAUGAGUGGGCUCGUAGCACUGACAUUGGGCUCAGGAAGUGGCUGAUUUACAUUUCUCAAUAACUGAAUGUAGCUCUUUGUUUCCUGGAAUAGUUCGUGUUAAGUGGAGAUAGAGAGUAAAGUGAUUAUAAUAAGCAUGGAAGUAAGUUAUAAGUACUUUCUAAUAUGGCAAAUGAAUGUUUUCCAAUACCUGUGUUUUCAGAAAUGUCUCAAAUAUUUUGCAUUACUGAAGCAGUGAUUAUAUUUCCAGGCACAUUUUUCAGGGCAUGUUUUCACUCUAGUCACAUCAAGCGUUGUCCUCAAAACAUCAUCACAGAAAUUAUUCAGCAUUCCCAGAAGACAUUGUCUUGUCACUUAUUUCACACUUCAGCAAAUGUGUACUGUGUUGUAAUUCUUAUCAAUGCCACUGUUAUGUAUGAAGGUUGUGGGUGGUCACAUUCUUUGUGUGAAUAUUUUUUAGAACAGCGUGCCCCUAGAAUUAUGUUAGAUUUUGUUUAGGUUUUUAUUGCAUUUGAGCUUUAUUGCUUUUUCAGAUAGUGGGUGGCUUCUCUGAAAUUUGGAAAUCAAGAACAUUAGACAAGCAUUUUGCUAAGUCUGGCUAGAAAACCAGUAGUUUUGAAUUGUUCUUAUGGCAGUAAACAUGUACUUUGUAUGAGCGUUUUUGUUCACAAGAUGUCAAAACAAGACCUUUUUGUUUUGCAACAUGAAUAGAAGUGAUAUUUGUUCACUAGCACAGUAUCAAAUGUAAUGUGGAAAUGACAAAACUUACUUGGAAUCUGCAAUAUAGGAAGAUGCACUUGAAUGACAACUUCAGUAAGUACUUGUGUAAAUGCUGCCAAAUAUUCAUUGAUAGAAGAGAGACAUCAUUUUCCUGGGGCAAAAUGCUUCUUCCAGAACACAGUUAACCAGUGAGCCUGAAAGAGAGACAUCUUGUUUCAACAUCUCUGAUUUCAGAAUCAUGUUUCUAAGCUGAAUAAUUACAUACAAAAGUACAACGUGACUGGAGGUUUUCCCAGUCUGAAAUUUUCAUUAAUUAGAGCAAAUGGAUGGUUGUGUAAUGAUCUGUUAUUUUUUGUGUUGUUAAUCCAACUCAUUGUUAAGAUUCUUCAUUGCUUUUUGUCAUUCUCGAUAAGCAUGUGAUGCAAAUGCAUACACAUUUUUAUUGAAGCAGGAAGAUAACUUCAUUUGUGACUGGAAUUGAAUCUCUUCAUAACACAGGAUAGGUGUGAUAACAUACAAGUACUCAGCUGUGAGAUGUAAUUUCUGAUGCAUGUUUUCCACAUGCGUGGCAGUGCACUUAAAAACAAGUAUUAAUACUUACAGUUCUGCUAGAUAGAAAAGUCUUAGAAUCUUGGAUCUCCUCCUCUAUGACCUGGCUUUCUGUGUGCUCUGGGUUGUGCUAAUUUCAUGUCUUGUGGCCUUUCCUUGUAAAUUGCUUUUUGACAUCAAAUUUAGUCACAUCUUCUGUAAGCUUGGCUUCAGAUUUCCUGCUGCUGAGCAAUAUAACCGAACAUUGCAAAACAUCUUGCAAAGAAUGCAAGAAUGCUGUGUGCUUAUGGCAGGUUAUUCGUUUUGAAUGGGAAGCUAUCAAAUCUAUUUGAUACCAAGGAGUAAUUUUGUCCACAUUGAUUAAUGACUGAUUAAUUCAAGCACAUGUUUGUAUACAUUUAUAGAUGAGACUCUCAUUUCAUAUCACUUAACUGUUCUCCUCUCCAAAGCCUAAUCCAUUCAUUAUACAGAUGCUUUUGAUGCUAAAAUGCCCUAAAAUUGUUUGUACAUUUUCUUUGAAAUUGUAUGAAAGUAGGCAGUGAAAGGGUAUGUGAAAUUCCCAACUUGUGCUGAAUGAGAGGGCAAGAAUGGUUAGCACUGCUGUACAGAAGAUGUGUAGGGAGGGGUGAAUGUAUGCUAGGGCACGGCUGGUACCUGCCAUUGCUCUGCAGAGGAGGGAAAAAAAAAAAGGGAUCUGUGUGUAGAGAAAAGACUGAAGUUGGCUUAAGGCAGUGGAUGAUGCCACACAAAGCUCACUGGGAUACUAAGGUAUUUGAAGCUGAUAUAGGUUUUCAUUCUCUGUGAGGCAGACUUUUUCUGUAUGUUUGUUGGUAACGUUUUGUAGAAGUAACUAAGUAAACAAAGGCUGCUCUGUUUUUUGAGUAAUAAUAAGUAUCUUUACGUAGGACUUGAAUAUUUCCGCCUCUGUAGUAUGUUGAGUGCUUAAAGUUCAAGCUUAUUUGAGCUGGAAUUCUAGUUUCUGGCCCUGAAAUAAUCAGGGUUUAUUUCUUAUCAAGCUAUUACAAUUGUAUCACUGUUGUUUAUUUAGAUUAGAUUAUUUAUAUAUGUACAAUAGCUGCUAGCUAAGUUAUAGCUAAAGAUAACUCCUCUGGAUCCCCUAUUUGAAAUUACUAUAAGGUUUUUCCUGCACUUUUUUUGCUUUCUUGAGAUCUCUAUUCCUGCUUAUUUUUGCCUCCUAGCAUAAAAAAUACACUUUAACUACUGGACUUUCACUAUGGGCUGUUUUUCACUAAAAAUGGCUGAGUUUGGCCAGUGUUUGCUGUCUGGGCCAAAACCCACUUCAAAAAAUAAACAUCCUCCUAAGUUUCCAGAGCUAGGUAUAUAAAAAUUCUGUUUGUUUUGAAGACACUCUAAGCAGGUAUGUGAAAGUAGUUAAAAUAAGCCUAAGCAUUGAUUGUCUUGUGAUGUGCUUGGCUCAAAUGCAUGGGUAAUGAUCAUCCCAUUAAACUUUUAAAACAGCGCUGCGGGAGUAAAAUUGAUCUGAACUGCUAAUGACUGUAACUAAACAUGUCAGGCUGGGAGACUCUCUCUUAAACAUAGCAGUUUAUUUGUGAGAUAGGUGACAACAAAGCCUGCUUUAUGAGGUGGAGAAAAAAGUUACAUGAAGUCAGUUAAAAUGGUACUUGCAUCGCAAGAAAGGACAACUUGAAGCUAAUGACUGUGCUUCAGUUCUCUUUCUCAGGGAUAUGAUGAAAAUGACCUUGAUUGUGUAGUCAGCCCAGUGGCAGCUGUUACAAAAAUACUGGUAGUUGUUACUUUUUACUUUUUUAGUAUUACGCAUUAUUUAUUUUUACACAUUGCUGGUAAGAAUCAACAGUGGCCAUUUCUUUGAAGAACUGUCUCUUCUCUGCUGGACUAAUGUUUGGAAGAGGAGUGAAUCCACAGGUUAAUGAUCUUUGUUUUACAUCUGAUGUAAGGCAUAAUUACUGUAAUACUUCUGGAAUGAGAAAAAUAUAAUUACAAAGAUGAGUUAUACAGCCCUUUAUUUUCUUCACUGUGUUGUAGAUAUAAAGGACUUCUGUGUGCAUCCUCAUUCAAGUAUUGUUUGCUGAUAGCUCAAGAUAGUCUGAUUUUGUUGGUACAUGUUUCAUUCAAUGAAAUUUCAGUUUUUCUACAUUUCUGUUUCAGAUCAAGAAGUAUCAAAAUAAAAGCAGUAAGGGGAAAGAAGAGUGUCAGGGAACUAUCAAAUAGCUCACCAUUUUAAAGCAUGAGUUUCAUUUAAAUGUCAGCGCUGCUUUGCGUUCUUAGAUUGUACUUGUUUUGAUUCACUGGUGUGAGAGGAUGUUCCAGACAGUAACAUGAGCACCGGCUGGUGUGAUACUCUAUUGUGUUGGAGUGGCCCAAUGAGAGGCAAUGCAUUGCCUCUAAUUAAAGCAGAGUUGCACCUGUGUCAGGGCUGCAAAUGUUUAAAUUUGAUGUUUCUUUCUCUGCGUAGGAAUUGCCUAGUAACAUCUUGUAUGCUUAACAAGGGUAUAUUUAAUAUUAAUUAAUCCCAGCUCUUCUCCAUAUUCUGUGUUUGUAUUCUGUUUUGCAUAGUCCUAUAUGUAUAAUGCCUUCUGCACUGCUCUCCAGUGUGACAACAAAAUCAGCGUGUAGUAAAUGUGGAAUGCCUGCAUUCUCAUCUUUCUUCUCAGAAGGUUGUAUGCCUGUGCUCUUUUCUGGUUGUUACCUCUGAAUCUGGUGGGCAGGUUUACAAUGCUGUGUGUUUGGGGAUAUGUAUAUUUGAAGAAGGUAGGGAAUGUAGUGUGUUAUGCAAAGCUUUGUGUGACCAAAGUUUUCAUGUUGGUGAGCACUGGGAGGAUCAGGUCUGUGAGUGUUUGCUACGCUGUUCUGUUUCUGAAAAACUAAAUCUUCCAUAAUUAACAACCAACUUCUGUAAUUCAGAAGUGAUGCAGUCUUUCUUUCAGAAAUGCUAGCAUUCCCAGCUGUGUUAGCCGGCAUUCAUUAUGAAGAUCAGCAACUACGCUACGGAAGUAGAGUUCUUGACAUCUUUUAUCCAAGAACCUAGGGUGAAGAGGUUGUACAAUGCGAAGACAUAAUCUGCAAGGUGUUCAAACUUCUGACUUGGCCAUCAAAUAUUAAUGGAAAAAAAACAAAAAACAAAAAACAACCCUGAUUAAUUAACAUAAUUCUGGCUGUUUGUUGGUUGUUUUUUUUUUUCCUUCAAUUCUUUGGUGUUUGAUGAGGAGAAAUUCAAGGAAGAUUUCAAGGAAUGGAGUUAGCUCACAGUUUACUACUCAAUGAAGAAGAGUAUAACCAGCUUGACGAACAUCAAAAAGCAGAGUUCAUUUUUGAAUGGUUACAGUAUUUGGAAAAGCUUUUACCAGUUACUAGCAGGACUGAUAUAAAAGAAAACCAGAAGAAACUGGUUGAACAAUUGACUUCUUUAUUAAACAAUUCACCAGGACCCCCUACCAGGCGGCUUGUUGCCAAGAAUUUAGCUGUACUUUAUAGCACUGGAGACACUUUUUCUGUUUAUCAAACAAUUGAAAAAUGUAAUGAACUCAUUCGGAGUAAAGAUGAUUCACCAAGUUAUCUGCCUACAAAACUUGCUGCGGUGGUAUGCUUGGGCUAUUUAUACAAAAAAUUGGGAAGAAUUUUGGGAAACAGUUUUACUGACACCGUUGGGAAUGUGCUUAAAGCAAUGAAGAAUGCAGAGUCUCAAGGUCGUUAUGAAAUCAUGCUUAGUUUACAAAAUAUGUUGAAGGGUUUAGGAGCUGCUGCUGUCUCUUGUCACAGAGAUAUUUACAAGGCUGCCCGAUCAUGUCUGACAGAUCGAUCCAUGGCAGUCCGCUGUGCUGCUGCAAAGUGUCUUCUAGAACUUCAGAAUGAAGCAGUAUUUAUGUGGAGUACGGAUCUGGAUAGCAUUGUGACUUUGUGUUUUAAAUCUUUUGAAGGUUCUAAUUAUGAUGUACAUUUAGCAGUUUCAAAACUUUUAGGCACAGUACUGGCUAGAGCUUUAACAUCUAAGCAGGCAACAGUAUCCACCAAGCAUAACUCCCGCAGAAUCUCUUUGGAAGAAGUGAUGGAGCUCUUAGGAACUGGAUUUCUGCGUGGAAGUUAUGGAUUUCUACGAGCCAGUGGUGAUAUGCUGAAAGGGACCAGCUCAGUCAGCAGAGAUGUUAGGGUUGGAGUCACACAGGCAUAUGUGGUAUUUGUCUCUACAUUAGGAGGACAGUGGCUUGAAAGGAACUUCUCUGCCUUCCUUUCUCAUAUUCUAGAUCUUGUUUCUCAGUCUCACCCUAAGGCUAUUCAGAAUCAGAUGGAGGCUAUCGGCUGUCGCUGCUGUGUUUCAUUUAUCCUUCGAGCUACAGUAGGAGGCCUUCUUGGGGAAAAAGCUCAAAUUGCAGCUGCCAAGGAGAUUUGUCAGGCCAUCUGGAAACUGAAGAAAGUUGUGGAUGCUUCAGUGAGUGACAGUAACUUGGAGACACGAAUUAGUACAACAGAUGUAACAAGAAGUCAGCAUGUGCUUGUGUGUGCGCUUCAAGAACUUGGAAGUCUCAUCCAUGGCUUAGGAACUACAGCAGCACCGUUACUACAGGACUCCAGUACUGGAGUUCUGGAUGCAGUAAUUUCUGUCAUCCUUCAUCCCAGCAUUCCAGUUAGACUCACAGCAGCUUGGUGUUUACGCUGCAUUGCAAUAGCAUUGCCCUCCUACGUGUCUCUACUGUUGAAUCGUUGCAUUGAACGUCUGAACGCAUUGAAAUCCUCCCCAGAAGCAAUAACUGGCUUCAGUUUUGCUAUUGCUGCUUUACUGGGUGCAGUAAAACACUGUCCUCUGGGAAUUCCACACGGAAGAGGGAAGGUAAUCAUGACACUAGCAGAAGAUUUGCUGUGUUCUGCUUCUCAGAACAGUCGUCUUUCAGUACAGCGAACGCAGGCUGGAUGGCUGUUAAUAGCAGCCCUCAUGACAUUAGGUCCUGCAGUUGUCCAAUACCACCUUCCACGGAUACUUUUACUGUGGAAGUGUGUCUUUCCAUCAUCUCCUAAAGACCUAGAAACAGAGAAGACGCGAGGAGAUUCAUUUACAUGGCAGGUAACUCUGGAAGGCCGUGCUGGUGCUCUCUGUGCAAUCAAAAGCUUCGUUUCCCACUGUGCUGGUCUUCUUACAGAUGAAGUUCUUCAGAGACUUCUUCCUCCUCUCCCAAGUGCUGUUGAUUUAUUGACACAGCUUUCUUCAAUCUCUAAAUCUUACGGAAAUUCUUUAAAAACAUCAUCAACGGUUUACAGACAUAAACUUUAUGAAUUACUGGCAGUAUUGCCUCCAAAAAUGUAUGAAGGAAGUUUCCAUGCUGUUCUGAAAGAGUUAGUGGUGGACUUAACUAUACCAGAUAGCCAGAUAGAUGCCUCUACGUUCUUGCUUCCACCCCUUUGUCAUGAGGAUGACCUCCUUUUACUUGGUCCCUUACUGCAGGAGACUGACCACCAAUUUAUUGAAGAGCAGCUCCUUUUAGGUAACAACGUAGCUGGAGGCAGCCUGGAAUAUGACCCUUACUCCAUAUAUGAGAAACUUGCAAAACGUGAUUCAGUACCUAAACCACUACCUCCCACAUUGUCUGUAAUUGGUGCAGCAACUGGUCUUUUUGGAGUUAUAUUUUGCCAUAUAGCAGAAACUCACAGGCUCCAAGUGUUAGAACAGUUGUUGAAUUCUAUAAAGCAAACAAAAGGAUCACGACAGCAAUUAGUGCAAUUAAAUGUUGUGUCAGCCUUUUCUACGUCUUUAAAGCACUUGGCUAACUGCAAGGGAAGUUUAGGUCCAGAAGAAGUUAGAAGAUCUGCCCUGGCAUUGGUUCUGAGUGCCUUGGAAAGCAAUAAUCCACUUCUAAGGUGUGCUGCUGCAGAGAGUUGGGCCAGGUUGGCUCAGGUGGUUUCUGACAGUGCCUUUACUGCUGGAUUAGCGCAAGUUAGUUUUGACAAGCUAAAAUCUGCUAGAGAUGUGGUAUCAAGAACAGGUCACUCUUUGGCACUGGGGUGUCUGUAUAGAUACUUAGGAGGAAUAGGUUCUACUCAGCACCUGAAUGCAUGUGUUGGGAUCCUUUAUACUUUAUCUCAGGACAGUACUUCUCCUGAUGUACAGGCAUGGGCACUACACUCUCUGUCUCUGAUAGUAGAUUUAGCUGGCCCCUUGUACUAUGUGCAUGUGGAACCUACCUUAUCUCUUGUUCUCAUGUUGCUGCUGACUGUGCCUCCUACAUACACUGAAGUUCACCAAAGCCUUGGUCGCUGUUUAAAUGCACUUAUUACCACACUGGGCCCUGAGUUGCAAGGCAGCAGUGCUACAGUUUCAGCCUUAAGAACUUCCUGUCUCCUGGGCUGUGCAGUGAUGCAAGAUAAUCCUGACUGCCUUGUUCAGGCUCAAGCCAUCUCUUGCCUUCAGCAGCUUCACAUGUUUGCUCCUCGACAUGUCAACUUGUCCAGCCUUGUAAGCUGCCUAUGUGAAAUCUUGUUGGAUAAUUCUGUGUUGGUGAAUCUCUGUAGCUCAUACUUGUUAUUGAGACGUGCAGCAGUAGCUUGCUUGCGGCAGCUUGUGCAAAGAGAAGCUGCUGAGGUAUCAGAAUACGCUGUUGCAUUAGUUAAAGAGAGCAGAGAAGACUUUACUCCAGAUAUUAAUAUCAGAGAAAUAGGCCUGGAGGGGGCAUUGCUGGGCUUGCUGGACAAAGAAUUGGAUCAAAGAUUGUGCCAGGAUAUCAAAGAGACUCUGAGUCAUAUGCUUACUUCAAUGGCAGUUGAGAAACUCUCUUUUUGGCUGAAGCUUUGUAAAGAUGUUCUUGCUGCCUCAGCUGAUUUCAAUACAGUAGCAUCAAUAGAUACCACUCAAGAAGAAGAAACUGCCAAAGUGGAUGAUGCAUCCAUAUUAACAUCUGAAAGUGACGAGAGGUUCCAUCCUUUCAGUAAUCCACGGUGGUCCACCAGGGUUUUUGCAGCAGAAUGUGUUUGUAAAAUUAUAAACCAGUGUGAAAAUGCAGGCAGUGCCCACUUUGACAUGACUUUGGCUCAGGAAAGGAAACAACGUGAUUCGAGAGAUGACUUUUUAGUAUUGCAUUUAGCUGACUUGAUCCGAAUGGCUUUUAUGGCUGCCACAGAUCAUAGUGAUCAACUUCGUCUUUCUGGGCUUCAAACAUUGCAAAUUGUUGUUAGAAAGUUUGCAACUGUUCCAGAACCAGAGUUUCCAGGUCAUCUAAUUCUGGAGCAAUAUCAAGCCAAUGUUGGAGCAGCACUUAGGCCUGCCUUUGCUCCAGAAACUCCUCCUGAUGUCACAGCAAAAGCAUGUCAGGUGUGCAGUGCCUGGAUAGCAAGUGGUGUAGUAAGUGAUCUCAAUGAUCUUCGAAGGGUUCACCAGUUGCUUGUAUCCUCUUUGGUCAAAGUGCAAGCUGGGAAGGAGACACAAAGUCAACAGUAUAAUGAAAGCACCUCAACUAUGGAGACAUUGGCUGUGCUUAAGGCCUGGGCAGAGGUUUACAUAGUUGCAAUUGAAAAGCAAAAAAAUCGAAGUGAUUUGCACAAUUACUCCUUGAAAACUGCGAACUCUGCAGAAGAAAGCUACCGAGAUGUAACAUCUUCAGCCAGUGGUCUUGUGGACUUAGUACAGGCAGAUCUUGGAACACUGAGCAAACUCUGGCUUGCUGCACUUCAGGAUUUUGCUCUCUUAAAUUUGCCUUCAGAAUAUGCAUCACAACUGCCUGCUGAAGGUGGUGCAUUUUAUACGGCAGAGACCAUAGAAAGUGCCAGACCUCAUUACUACAGCUCCUGGGCUCUGAUACUUUAUGCUACAGCAUUAUGGCUUACUAGCACAGGUUUCAUUGUUGCGGAUCCAGAUGAAGGAGUUGCUAAUCUCUCUAGACCUGUCACCCCAACUACAAUGUGUCAAGAUUCUUCUACCAGGCCCUCAGUAAAAUCUCCUGAGGAUGUGAAUACUGACAGGUUUCAUCUUAUUUUGGGAAUUAGUGUGGAAUUUCUCUGCUCUCCUCGAUCAGAUGCAGCAAUGGAGAACAUUAUUGCCUGCUUACAUGCCCUGCAGGCUCUCUUUGAUGUUCCCUGGCCAAGAUCUAAGAUAGGUGGUGAUCAGGAGUUGGCUGUAGAGCUGCUGAAUGUUUUGCAUCGACUGAUACUGACCAGAGAAUCACCUGAUAUUCAGCUUGCUGCCCUUGAAGUUGUUCGUCUGAUUCUUUUUGCAGCUCAGGAACAUGUGAAGGAAAAGCGGAGAAGUGCGGAAGUUGAUGAUGGUGCUGCAGAAAAGGAAACGCUACCUGAAUUUGGAGAAGGCAAAGAUACAGGAGGACUGGUGCCUGGAAAGUCCUUGGUCUUUGCAACACUGGAGUUGUGUGUUUGUAUUCUUGUCAGACAGCUUCCCCAGCUCAACCCUAAAUUAACUUGUAGCCCUGCAGUUCAAUCAGGAAAACAUCUGUUACUAUCAGAAGAUGGAAGUAGGCUGGUAUCAGCAGCAUUACUAAUUCUCUCUGAUGUUCCUGCAAUCUGCUCUCCUGAAGGAAGUGUUUCAGUUCUUCCUACUAUUUUGUACCUAAUUAUUGGUGUACUUAAAGAAACUGCAGUCAAAGAGCAAGAUGGCCAACUGCCUUUGCCAGUUGCUGCAUCUCUACAAGCUCUUAAAGGACUUUUGUCUUCACCAAUGGCUCGAGCAGAGAAGAGUCGGACUGCAUGGACAGAUCUUCUGCGCAGUGCUUUGGUCACUGUACUCGACUGUUGGGAUCAAGCAGAUGGUCUUCUCCGAGAACUCGAUGAAGUGAGCCUGCUUACCGCUAUCACAGUGUUCGUUCUGUCCACCAGCCCAGAAGUUACUACCAUAGAGUGCCUUCAAAAGCGUUGUAUUGACAAGUUUAAAGUAACACUUGAGUCAAAAGAUCCUGUUGUACAGUAUAAAUGCUACCAGCUACUGCACUCCAUCUUUCAGCAUCCAAACAAAACUGUGUCAUACCCUUAUAUUCACUCUUUGGCAUCAUCCAUUGUGGGAAAAUUGCAGGAAACAGAAAAAUCAAAACCUGAAAAUGCUGCAGAACUUCAGGUUGUUCAGGAGGGAAUCAAGGUGGUAACAGCUCUUACAGCUGCUGCUGAGGAAGAGCACCGUGCUCAUCUGGUGACCUGCCUUCUUCCCAUCCUUAUUUCCUUUCUUUUGGAUGAAAAUGCCCUGGGUUCUGCUACAAACACAGCAAAAAAUCUGCAUGAGUUUGCUUUGCAAAAUCUGAUGCAAAUUGGUCCACAGUACUCAUCAGUUUUUAAAAAAUUAAUGGCUUCCUCUCCGACCAUGAAAGCCAGGCUCGAGUCAGCUGUAAAAGGCAAUCAAGAAAGCAUCAAAGUGAAGACUGCUAAACUUGCAAAGAAUCCUGGGAAAAGUUCGAGCAUUCAGCUGAAGACCAACUUUCUUUGAAGUCUCCCAUUUGCACUUUGAUAUCAGCAGCAAAAAAUACUCCUUUUAAUUUCUAAACAAAGGAUUUUUGUGAGUUGUUCUUACAUAUUUUUCAGUUUGCACUGAAAUAUUAUAGAAAUCUUUUAAGAGAAAACAGAACUCUAGGUGACUGCCUGUUAGUUUAGCAGGCAGAGUCUAUAAACAAUAUGAAUAGGACUAUCAGAAAUAAUCCAAUCUGUUUCUGGAUUAAAGUACCAGAAAAGUACAUGCCUAUAUUAAAAGUCUUUAGUGAACUUUACGAUAGAUAUAUUUAGGAGCGGCCCACAAUUAGCCAAAAAGUAAAAUUUAAUUUUGUUUUAAACUGAUGUUUCUCAAAAAUAAAUUACCUAAAUAAUUUUUUGGAUGCAAGUGGGAUAUAAAUUUACUUGCAGGUGGUAAUGUAUCUUAAUUACUAAUUUAACACACUGAAUUAUUAAGUAAGCGGAUUAAAUAUCCUUUUAAGCCUUACAAUAAAUUAUUGUUGAUCUCAAAAAUAAAAAUAAAAAAAAUCAGUAAAGGUAAUAUUAAUAGCUGUAAUCUGAAUAACUUCUUGAGCUGGCCAAUGCUUAACAAAUGCUGUUAAAUACAGCUUUACAGUGCUUCUUCACUGAGGACUCAGUAGUGCUUUACACUGUGGGGCUGUUGUGCAUCUGUUAGCAUUUGCAGGCUUGGUGCCUUGCUGCUUGGCAUAGUCUCACUUUUCAGGAUGUAUACUUGUGUUAAUUCUGUACUGCAUUAGCCAGGCAAUUGAAGCUCUAAUAUCUUGUCCAUGAUGGGACAGCAACUUUAAUAUACUGUGCCUCAAUUCAGACAUCUAUUCUACCUGGAUGUGUGUUUCCUGAUCUUUAAAUGAUCAAAUAUAUACACACAUCACAUAAAUCUAUGCAUCCCUGCAAUGAGAGCUGGAUGUACCUGAAGUCAGCUUGUCUUGUGUCAAAUGAAGUACAACAAACUCGUAAUAAGAAGUAUUUAAUUAACAUUUUUAUUAAGGAACAUAUUUUAAUAUAGAGAAAUAACUAUUAAAAAUUGCAAUGGCUAUAAAAUAUUUUCUACAUAUAGUAAUGAUUUUUUUCUUAAUACCAGUAUUGUCUAAACCAAACACUAUUAAACUGAGGAUAGUAUUUCCCUCUUGAUUCUAAUUACUUUUGAAAAAAAAAAAGAUAAAAAGGAGAGGGAA